AGAUAUUUAGCUCAAAGCCCACAGUUAUCGAACUCAUCGGUUUCUUCCGUAAAACGAUAUAAGAAAAUAAAUCACUUUAUGGGCAGGGGACAGAAGGAGUGGAAAUCAAAGGAGGAACUUUUCGUCGAAAACAUAAAUGUCACAGAGGUGCUCAAGAGAUUUAGAAAGCAGUCGAUAGCUGAAGCUGACAAAAACAAUGAUAUAAAUUGCUUAAGAAUCCUUUCUCUAUCCCACAUUUUCCUAAUCAAUAAGUUUGAUUCCAAAAAAUGUAUUACAAAAUAUUUUGACUCUGAUACUCGCAAUAUCUUAAAGUCACUAUCUGGAGGCAUGAAGCCCAAAAUAAUUCGUGCACCUGCCAAGGCAGUUAUAUACUGUAAGAAAGAAGCCGAUGAAGAAGAGAAUGAUGAUGAUGAUAGUGGGGAAGAAGAGAAGGAAGAUGAAGAAAAAGAAGUCAUGCUGAGUAUGGUCAAAGACCUCGUCAAGAACAUGAAAGAAUACCGCGCUUCUGCUGCCAAUAAUUCAGAAGCUUCAUUCACCGACAAGUACUUAACACCAGUAAUUCAAAGAGUACUUUUGAAAAAUGCUAGUGAAGAACUAUACUAUGCUUUGAUCGACAAGCCUUGUAAGAAUAAAAAGAAGCCAGAUUCAAUGUUUGGAACUAGAGUCAGAAACAAAGAGAUUUUCUUCUUUUUUAUUGAGAUUAAGAGACCUGAAGCAACAAGCAAAUAUCAGCUAGAAGACGACUAUGCUAAGCUGAUGAAGCUGAUGAAAGGUUCUCUAGAUGAUCAGUUAUGUCUUGGAGUAAAAGACCCUUUAUCUCUUGGUCUGCUAGUUGAAGGCUUCAAAUGCACCCUGUUCCAAAUGAGGCUUCCUGCUGAUGGAAUAUACAUGCCUAUGGCAUUUGAACGCUUCUCUUUGGUUGAAGAACUUCACCAACUGGUACAUUUACCUUCAAUUGUCGAAGCUCUAUACUAUGUUAAGGUAUUGAUUGUAAACAAACGAAUGCUAGUAACAGUAAAUUAA